AAUCCAGCAGGGCCAAAUCCAACAGGACGUUCCCUCUCUGACGUGCAGCGGGGGUGCCACAUGAGCAGGGGGGUCUUAGAGCGGGCGCUACUUUAAAAGCCGCCUCCGAAGAUGCUCCAUAACUAUUGAGCAAGCUACCUGGAUCCUGUGCGCAAGUUUUUCAACAUCGCCAUUAGCGUCAACUUCAACAAAAGGGGUAAUAAAUCUGAGAACAAGACAGUGUUGUGUAAUUUAAAAAAAAAAAAAAUUCUAGACUUCACCAACCAAUGUGGCUUCUUGGAUCAACUACCCAAGUGAUGAUGAUGGAUGAGCGCAUGUCUCCCUCCGCACGCUGCGUCCAGAGUCCGGGGAGCAACCCGUCCACAAUCCACAGUAUAGAGGCCAUACUGGGAUUUAAAGAAGACACAAUUUUCCACAAAUCAGCCACCUAUAACACGACGGAAAAAGUCCAGGGCAAAGACGCAGAGCGCAAUGGGAAUGUAAUAGUGAGCCAAUCGAAGAAAAAUCAUUACUCAGAAAGUUUUGACAGUGUGUGUUGUGGCAGCAGCACCGGGGAAGCCUCCAUGUGCCCGGACUCACCGGACAGAGACGGCAAACUGUCCGACGACGAAAGCCAUAAGAAGAAGCACCGACGGAACCGAACCACCUUCACCACCUUCCAGCUCCACGAACUAGAGAGGGCCUUCGAGAAGUCCCAUUACCCGGACGUGUACAGCAGAGAGGAGCUGGCCCUGAAAGUGAACCUGCCCGAGGUCCGGGUGCAGGUUUGGUUCCAAAACCGGCGAGCCAAGUGGCGUCGACAGGAGAAGCUGGAGGUGAGCUCCAUCAAGCUUCAGGACACCCCUUCCUCGUCUCUGCUGUCUUUCAGUCGUUCUCCCAGCAGCUCUCUGGGCUCCGGGCUGCAACUGGAGCCCUGGCUCUCCACCCCGAUCACCACUUCCACUUCACUACAGUCACUCCCGGGCUUCAUCAGCAACUCACAGAGCCUCCCAGGCACUUACACACCUUCUCCUCCUCCGUCCAUUCCCUCUUCUUUACCGCCAUCCUUCCUCAACUCCCCAGCCCUGGGACACAGCCCUCACCUGCCCCACAUCGGCUCUAUGUGCCUCCCACCCCCGGCAUACCAGUGUUCAGCUGAUCCAAGGAACUCCAGUAUUGCUUCCCUGAGGAUGAAGGCCAAGGAACACAUUCAGUCUAUUGGGAAGACAUGGUGAUGUUGAGCGGACUUUAAGACCCUGAAUACAUCAUGAUGAAUCUUUUGGGAGAAAUUUGGCUUCAUUUUCAUGAUGGGAUUGUAUUGUUUUAAAGACUGACAACUCUAGCUGCCCUUCAGGAUUCAAGACAUCCUCAUGGCAUGUACAAUUUUGUGAAAAACUGUGAAACUAACUGUAAAAGUCAUGUAAAUAUGAAGCUGUCUCUUCUCCUUUAAAAUGUUUUAUUGUAAAUUUUUACAUUUGGCCAGUCCUGUCCCAGUCUAUCCAGUGUUACUUACAAUAGAGCAAAUAUGGAGCCUACUGAAAACUCAUUAAUGCCUGUUUAUACUUACACUUGUAAAUGGGUAAAUGGAGCAGAAUUAAUUUUGAUUCCUUAUUGGUUGGUGAUCCUAACCUUAAUCAUAAAAAAAAGCAUCAAACGGGAUUAUUUUCUAUAUACAAUAAAUUGUCUGUGUACAUAUACGUGAACAAAUUCAGGCAUUCUCCAGUCUUCCUACAUAAUUUGAGAUGUCUGACAGAGUUUACAUUCAGUUUAGGAAAUGCAGUAAUUACCUGUAGCUGUUUCUUCAGUAUCACACUUGUAUAAAAAUAUGUCAGCUUCAUCCUGCAGUUGGGAGGUACAACACAUGCAAACUCUGCAUAUGUUAUGGUGGGAAAUAUUAAAAUUAGCCCCCCUUAGUGGUGGAAGGUCACAAGACUGGGUUACUCCCAAAGUAAAGUUAAAGAGCUACAUUUUCAGCUGUGUGUGUGUGUUUUAAGAAUUAUUCUUAUUAAAGUGAAUUUCAAAUGCUGUCUAAAA